AUGAGGAAAGUUUGGAACAGAAGUAACCUCUUGGAAAUCAAGCAGAAAGGCAACGUUGAAGAAAACAUUAUUGCCGAGCUCAACAAAAUUGAUAACUUAACGGCCAGAAUACCGAAGAAAUUGUUACCCAAAAUGGCCAUAUAUAAUAUACCUGCUGACCUGAACAAGGACACUAUAAUAGAGGCAAUCUUCGACCAGAACGAUGCCAUAACUUUCCAAUACCAAGGGGACAAAGAAAUGUAUAAGCGAGAUAUCAGUGCCAAAUUCAAAUGGGGAAAGAGACCUGACUCGAAGCACUGGGUCUUUGAGGUCACCCCAAAACUGAGAAAGAUCAUGAACAGGCAGAGAAAAGUGAAUAUUGGCUGGGUCCGGUGCAACAUGGAAGAGUAUUAUAGUAUCAUACAAUGUUACAAAUGUUGUAGAUACGGGCAUUUUGCAAAAGAGUGCAGGAGCGAACACUCCUACUGUAAUUACUACGGUGAAGAUCACCGAUACUCUGACUGUAAAAAUAAGGCUACAGCGCCAAGCUGUAUUAACUGCAUAAAAGCCAAAGCACCUACCUCUGCCCACAAAGCCGAUAAUAACACCUGCACUGAGAGGGGAAAAAUUAUUAAGAACAUCAUAACAAAAACCAACUAUGAAUAA